UCUUUUCCCUAUAUGCUAUAUACGAGUUCCAGAUUGCAUCAAUUUUAAUAUUUUUCUUCCGUUGUUCUGUACCUUUACUUUUUUUCCCAGAAAUAUAGAGUUGUUUUCUACUUUAAGCUGAUGGCAUUUUUUGUGUUUUUCACACGGAGGAAAUAAAAAAGACGGAAAUCCUUGGGGGUGUCACGUGUCAAAAUCCUUUACGCACCAGGUGUAUAAUUAUUUGCCUUCUUGAUCUCAAGGGACAAAUUCCGCCUCUACCCGUGUCUGCUCGCCCGCGGCCCGACGUCCACGGCGUAGUCUUACCCUAAGUCCGUGUGCUGUUUUAUUUUUCCCGAAAAAAUGAGCAGAGGAACGGCCAAGAGGGCGAGGACGGAACAUUCUGUGGUUGAUGUCUCGAAACGCGAGCUUGGAUUAUUGCCCAACAGGAGUUUCUCCCAGCGCUUUUCAGCUUCCGAGGAUCUAUUGCGGCAUUUUGGGCUCCACAGGAAGCUGCAGAUGCAUAGAGGUUCUGUACGCACGGUAAGCUUCAAUGCAGAUGGCGAUAUCUUGGUUUCAGGUUCUGACGACAGGCAGGUUAUACUUUGGAAUUGGGAGACUGGGAGUGUCAAACUCUCAUUCAGUUCAGGCCACACCAACAAUGUAUUUCAAGCAAAGUUCAUGCCUUUCUCUGAUGAUCACAGCAUCGUCACAUGCGCUGCUGAUGGACAGGUCCGGCAUGCCAAAAUUCUAGAAUCUGGAGUAGAGACUUCCUUGUUGGGCGGACAUCAAGGACAGGCCCAUAAAUUGGCUAUUGAACCUGGAAGUCCGUUUUCAUUCUAUAGCUGCGGUAGUGAUGGAGUUGUAAAGCAUUUUGAUCUAAGGACUCGGGUGGCUACGAAUCUUUUCACUUGCAAAGAGGCACGGCUCAAGUUAGUUGUUUACUUGCAUGCGAUUGCUGUUGACCCAAGGAAUCCAAAUCUUUUCGCAGUGGGUGGUAUGGAUGAGUAUGCUCGAGUCUAUGACAUUCGCAGCUACAGGUCAGAUGGUUGGUACAACUUUGGCCAACCUGUAGAGCACUUUUGUCCUCUCCAUUUGAUUGGAGACGAACAAAUAGGAAUAACGGGCUUGACAUUCUCUCAUCAAAGUGAGCUCCUGGUUUCGUACAGUGAUGAGAUCAUCUAUCUGUUCACCCAUGAUAUGGGCUUGGGGACCAACCCGCAUUCUCCACCCUCAGUUGAUGAGAACGAUUCUGAUGUAGCAAAUUACAGGAGGGCAUCUCCUCGGGUUUACAAGGGGCACAGCAACCGUGCGGCAGUCAAAGAUGUUAACUUCUUUGGACCUAAGUCUGAGUAUGUUGUUAGUGGCUCUGACUGUGGCCGGUUAUUCAUCUGGAGGAAGAAGGACAGCGAGCUCAUUCGUGCCAUGGAAGCGGAUGCACAUGUUGUGAACUGUGUAGAUUCUCAUCCUCACAUGCCUCUGCUGUGUAGCAGUGGAACCGAGACUGAUAUCAAGAUAUGGACUCCGGAGGGCAGUGAGAAAACCACUUUGCUGGAAAAUACAAGUCUGGCUUCAAUCCAUGGCCGCUCCAGUAGGUUUCUUUUGGCAGGCUCUUCUGAUGAAGAGGAUGAAGAUAACUAUUUAUACAGUCCUCCUGGGUUUUAUGUGGAUGAUAAUGAUGAUGAGGGCAGUGAUGAGAGUUCAUAUGACGACGACGAUGAUGACGACAACGAUGGUGAUGAUGGCACAGAUGUGGUGAGUGGACAGUAGUAAUGGUGCUUAUGGAUGUAACCAGGAGAAGGGUGAUGCUAAUGGGGAAUGUGCAGCAUAAUACAUGGGUGAUUGUGGUCGAUUCUUUCUUCUCUCAAGGAGGUGGCAAUAGGUGUGAUGUGCUUGGCCAUGGUUGUGGGCAUGAUCAGUGUGUCAUGAAAUGUAUGCUACUAAAAUAGUGUCAGACAUAUAUGAUCGUAGAAAAGAAGAGAUAAUUAUACUACUAACGUUGUGAUAUU